GUUUUACCUUGUUCAAUUUCAAUAAUUUCAUGAAGUUUACGUUCAAUUUCCAAUUCUGAAGAUGAACUUCCAUCCAAUCCUUCCAAUUUCCAAGAAAUGUCGCAGGAUGAUCUUCAUUAUAUUCAACAUUCCACAAAACGCACACAACAUUCACACAUGCAUACGUAACUACGCGUCUCAGUUAAUAAAUACAAAUGGCCGAAGGAUAAGGAAAUAUUAUUCGGUGCAAGAAAGAUGUUCAGUAUGAAAGAUCGAUUCCACCGUACACUGAUAGCGGUCUCGAGUAAAUGAUGAUCGCGCGAAGAACUAAUGGCGGCGAUUAUUUCGAGCGUGUAUUCGGGUCAACCGGCCACGGUGAUACUUCGAUUGGACGCCAAUUUGUUUCACCAUGUUUGAUUUCACCUUGAGAUUAACUAUUUCAUGGCGCUGGUAUCGAGAAUGCUCGCCUACUAUUCGUCAGAUGACGCCUUGCACGAUUCAGGAAGCGACCGUCGCGCCAUUGACUUUUAGUCAGUUUAUUCGUCUCGUUGAACGGUUGUUUGUGCGCUGAUUAGUUCUAUGAUAACAUCAAUCUGGCCGACGACCUUUGUGAUAACGCGUUAUCCCGUGAUCUCUCUGCUCGCAAGAUGACUCAUCGAACCAGUACCGUGAGCAACUUGAUACUAAAGGAGCGUCUCUAUUGGAAACGAUCGCUAUGGUGGAUGUGAAAAUUUUGAACUUCAAUGAUAUACAAGAUGGAUGACUGGAUAAGAAAUAACGUAGAUGCGUGUUUUUCCCCUGGGAUUUAAAGGCCACGGCGGAGUUAACCAGCUCGGCGGCGUCUUCGUGAACGGAAGGCCCCUACCGGAUGUAGUGAGGCAGAGGAUCGUCGAGCUGGCGCACAGCGGCGUCCGACCGUGCGACAUUUCCAGACAACUCAGGGUAUCUCACGGCUGUGUAUCCAAGAUACUGUCGAGGUAUUAUGAAACUGGUAGCUUCAAGGCUGGGGUAAUAGGCGGCUCGAAGCCGAAGGUGGCGACGCCACCGGUCGUGGAAGCGAUCGCUAAUUACAAGAGGGACAAUCCAACCAUGUUUGCGUGGGAGAUCAGGGACCGAUUGCUCGCCGAAGGCAUUUGCUCGCAGGACAACGUGCCAUCCGUCUCCUCGAUCAACCGAAUCGUGAGGAACAAGGCGGCGGAGAAGGCGAAGCACGCGCAUCAACAGCAGCAGGCGCAGCAGCAGCAAGGUCAGCAGCAAGGUCAGCCGGGAUCAGGUGGUUCCGUGUCGGUGAUAGCCCAUGCACCUGCAACAGCGGCGGGUCACCCGGCGGCGACCGCUCCCAACGCUUACAGCAUCAGCGGCAUCCUGGGAAUCCCUGCCCACCACCAGGACCCGAACGGCAACAGCAUCAAGAGGAAACGCACCGACGACGACGACAACCGAGACCUGAACGAUCAUCCUGAGGACGAUCUGAAGAGGCAGAGAAGCAACUACAACGGCGAUCAAUUGUACUCGAACCUGUGGUCGAGUAAAUGGAGCAUCAAGGACGAGCACAAGCUCCUGAGCGAGCUAGGAGGCGGCGGGGGCGGAGGUGCGAGCGGUGGCGGUGGUACGAACGGGACUGGAACCGGCGGAGGUGGCGGUGGCGGCGGCGGUGGUGGCGGAGGUAGCGGCGGCGGAGGCGGAGGUGGCGGAGGUUACUACGAACACGGAGGAUUCCCCGGGAACGCGAUUGCCACCUCCGCCGAGCUCUACGACUCCCUGGGCACCAUCAGCACGAUGACGCAAGCGCAAACGCCCCAUCUCUACACCCCGCCCAUAGGGGGCACCAUAGCAGGUGGUACUUUGACGCCGCUCGCGCCACUGACGAUGCAAGAACUAAAAUUGAGCCAAACAUUGGACGGGGCUAACAUGUCUCCUUACCACACCACCGCAGAGAGCAGUACCGUCGCAGUGUCGUAUGUGGGGGUGGGGGCCGGUGGGGGGGAGCAGAGUCCCCCGAUUUCGUUGCAGAACGAGACAAACGCCACCCCCACGGCCCCCAACACCCCCGGAGGGGACCCCGGGCUGACGGUCUUGCAGCCGCCAGUUUCUCAACCCCAGGUAGCAUCUGCGAUACCACCGUACUCCACGAUGCUUCCCAGUUUCGGACACUACGCCACCGGUGGUGGUGAUUAUGCAUACAGUGCGGCAUACUCUCAAUACUCGAGCGCACCGUACAGCGGCUACGGUUAUGGAGCAGCGACAAGCGGGUUGCUCAACUCCACUUAUUACUACUGUAACGGGGACACGCUGGCGUCUUCCCACACCAAUUCGCAGCAGGGCGGCGGAUGUAAUAACACAGGACCAGAGAACAGCACGGACGUGGCUAGUCGCUCGCCUUUGGCUGCUACCAGAGCGAGCAGCGGUGCGAGUGCCGCUUCACCAACCGGAAGUGCAUGCACCAAGCCAGAUCAUACUUCCACGCCAACGGACCUUUAUCUGGCCUGAUUAAUCGAUGGCACAGGAGAUCAAUUCCGGGCGGAGGGUCUUUCUGGAGUGGGAACAGCGACCAACGAGUUCGGACGCCAUAUCACGAGGAACCAUGCUGAAAUUAAGCAAUGAUCUCUUUUAUUAAACGGUUCGGGAACGAACAGCCAGGAACCGUUAUCAUCGAAUAAAAGAUCGUAACACGGACGACGAAUUCCCGUUAAGAACAGGAUGGAGAGAGAAAGAGAGAGAAAAGAAAAGAAAAGGCGAAUUAUGACCAGAUACGCGUCAAUGCAACGCGACAUUGAAUCACGAUUGAAUCGCGUGUCGCGUUUGGGGAUUUCGUGUCGAUCAGCGCGUGAAUCGCGAGAGAGAUAGAGUACUUUUUUUUUUUUUGAGAAAUUUUCUUAACAACGUUAACGACGAUGAUCGAAUCCAUCGGAAUCAUCGAUCGUAGCCGUUCACACGACAGCGCUCAAUGGAACGAAACGUGUUCGAUCGAACAUCGAACGCUGUUGCAAAUUGACCGGACGAUUGUCCGUGAUAAUUGUGGUUAAAAAGUCGUUGUAAAACGUAUAACCCGGGAAUAGAAAACUUGGCUGAUCAAUGAUCAAUGAUCUUAUUUACGAACAUUGAACGGACGGCAAAACGACUCGACGAGUGUCUGGUCCAGAGCGACACUAAGGACAAUUCUGUCUAAUUGCGUGGUCGGGAUUACAGGUUGGCCGCGAUGCGUUACCGACAGUGUCGCUACUCACGUAGAGUGCGCAUAAUCAUAGGUAGUUUAAUUUAACGAUCCUCAGUUAGUAUAAUUUCUACACAAUUCCCGCGAUCGGUCGUCUCUCCAAAUGUGCCCGUGCAUUCCCGACAAUUUUGCUCUCGUACACCAUUGUUAAAACGUAUCUUUGUAACGCGAAUGUAGUUGGGCACAUUUGGUUACCGACGGCGUUAGAACGUGUACAUAAUAUAUAAAGUGAAGGAAAAAAAAAAAAAUUAUAUAUAUAAAUAUAUACAUAAUAUUAUCCGUGUAAAACAGAGUCAACUGCCCAACACGGCACGUUCUUUCUUCUAAUAAGCACGACGACCUAUCCUCCCUCCCUCCCCCAUUCCCCUGUUCCCUCCCCUCCCCCCAUUUACCCACAAAACGAUAUAAGUAAUUAUAGUAGAUAUAAUGGAUAAGUUUAUUGAGAUUUUUAAAUCAGGAAUCGACGUAACGAUCAUUACUGUUAAGGAUAUUAUAUAUAUUUUUUGUAGAAACCAAAGACCACAGACGGAUUGCCGAAAUGAGAAUUGCGUGGCGUCGCGUAGCUACGGCUAAGGCAGAGUUUUAUGGCGGUUCGAAAGCGAUUUUUAGACGGAUGCGCGUGUUUGCGAGCGACGUACGAGGAUCGACGUAAAUGUACAAAACAAUGGGGGAAAUGCAAAUCGAGAAAUCGGGAAAGCGUGAAAGGCGAAACGAAGUCGUGAAACGCGGGCUCUACGUCAUCGCGGUCGAUUCUUUCGCCGAAGGUAACGCCAUCGUGAAUACGCAAUGAAAAAAAAGAUACGUUACCUUCGAUCGAAACUGCCAUCUCCUUCGUCGAUCACAAAUCGUCCAAUGUGGCAAUAUUCGCUGGCAUGUAACGAAUUUCAUCCCGUGGUGAUUUGAUUCUUUUCCCAAACAAAACAACGGACACUUCCUUGAUGGCCGGUUGAUCGUGAUGAUUAUUCCCGCGUUCCGUCCAACGCCUUCACUACACUACACUCGCACAACACACAACCACGGAAAUCAACUAGCUUCCGGCACCGCGUCGAGCGUAACGUUUCGAAAAGAGAGGAGAGAAAAAAAACUAUCGCGGAACCGUAAUUAACGUCUGGCCACGGCAACUUUAAUGAGAAGUUACGUGCUUGCAAUUUCUUUAUGAUUAACGGGCAAAAAUGUUAAUUUGUAACCUUAAUAAGGAAAUUUACGCGCGCGUGUCCAGCGCCUUUCGAUCGCGCAUACGAUAUGCGCCGGGCAUGCGCGCUGCGUCUAGAAACAGUACGUACAUGCGCGGUAUAAUUCGAACGUAUUUAUUUGUUACUCUAUAUUUUCUUCUUUUAAUUUCUCAAUUAUACGAGCUACUUUUAUCUUUCUACGAAGGUAAUUAUACGUUGUCCUUUCUAUUUAAUAGAAAUGCAAAUAGUGCAAUGAACAUAACAAAAUAAUUUUAAUUAUUUUUAUAAGUUAUCAGUCUUGUGUAGAGAGACGUUUAUCAACGUAUCAUCGCGUCUCGCUUGAGAAAUCUACCAUGAAAUGGAUUUCCAAGCACAAUUUCGCUCGCAUCACAGUUAUCUCAUAAUUAACGAAUUAUAUUUUCUCAAGCGUGUCUCGCGCGAACGAUAAUAGUUCGAUAAUUUUGGAAUAUCUUGUUAUAUAUUUAUUAUUCAUUUUUAAAAUAACGUAUCUUUUUAAUUUUAUUGUGAUAUAUUUCUAUAUUAUAUAUAUAUAUUCAUAUAUUACAAUAAAAUUAAAGGAAAAAUAUAUUUUUAAAAGUACAUUUUUAUUAUUUAAUAUAUUUAUUCGAACGUUUAGCAAACGACUCGUACGAUCUUUCACCUUUCCAUCAUUUACCUUUAAUAUUACGCGUGGUAUCGUUAGACACGAUUCACAGACGGAAUCGUAGGGAAACGAUCCGAACAUCGUCGAUCCUAAGCGUGCUCGCAACCGAUUGUCAGAUCGUUCAUCGAUCCGAGCGUCAAACGAACAACUUAUUCGAAUUAUCUCUUCGUCUACGACUCGGUCUCUCUAUUCCACCGAUCGUUCGACAAAAUAAUUUCAAAACCGAUACUACACCCCUUCCUGUUAGUUGCGUUCUUUACGUGUUCAGCCCGCCAACGCGAUUACGUUUCCACCGUGUUUGUCGCAAGGACGAAGGAUUCGUAGCCGCGAUCUCUCAUUGCUGAAUAAUUGCUAUUUAUAAAUUGUCGUAUCGUAGCGUUACGUGUCGUAAUAAAAUUGUGUGCAGGAAGAAUCUGGGGCAUGGAAAACGGUAUAGAGAAGAAAGACACAGAGAGAGAGAGAGUGAGAGAGAGAAAGAGAUAUUGCGAUCAUGCUUAGUAUUUCGAGGCUGCAACAAAUUCGAGUAUUAACACUGUUUUACACUCGCGAUAUACCUGCCAACCGAUGGAAAUCAAUCUUCUUUCGUUUCACGUCUAAUGUUAAUUUCUUUUUUUUUUUUUUUUUUUUUUUUUUUCUUCUUUUUUUAAAGGGGAUACCUUCGGUACACAUACAUACACAUCGAUCUGACUUUCAUUACGAUUUUUAUAAUUUGUCGGGAUUGUAAUUGACUAAUGCGUACUUCACAUUGUUAUUCUAUUAUUAUUAUUAUUAUUAUUAUUGUAACGAUGAUGAUUAUGAAUUCUUCAUUUUAUUAUUAUUAUUUUUUAUUCUAUUCUACUAUUAUCGCUAUCUUAUUUUUCCCAUUAUUCUCAUGAUUUAUUAUUAAUAUUAUUAUUAAUAUUAUUAUUAUUAUUAUUAUUCUAAUUAUUAUUAUACUAUUAUCAUCAUUAUUAUUACACGAUUAUUUAAUGCCUUUAUUAUUUAUUAAAUAAUAACGACGACCUAUGUGUAAUAAGUUUUGCCAAAGAAAUUCCGUUGAAUGAGAGAGAGAGAGAAAGGAAGAGAGCAAUAUCGCGGUAACGUUUCGAACUUCCAUAAAAUGGAAGUGUUUUAGAAGAAACAGAAUAAAAGAAAAAAAAAAAAAAGAAAAGAAAGAAAGAAAGAAGAAAAAAAAAGUUUUGAAGAGAGGAAAGCACACGAUAAUGUUAACGUCGAAUCGUAAAUAGAAGAAAAAGUAAAAAGAAAAAUCACGACGCAUCACGAGAGGAAUCAUUUUCCCGCGCAAUAUUCAAACGGAGUUAUGGAUAUAUCCUUAGUAGCAAAAUAUUUGUGAAAAAUCGAGAUUUCAGUUUGAACGCUGCGCUCUCCGUGAAUUUUUUUUAUUCGAAUAACAAACAAUUCUCUUUUCUUUUAUUAUUUUUAUUUUUAAUUUUUUUUUUUUUUUUUUUUCUUCCUCCCCUCCUUCAUUUCGCUGUCAUUUCGUCCCGUGUGAUAUUAUGAUUCUUGUUUCGUGCGCCGCUCUUGCCGAGUCUCGCUGUUGAUACUUGCAAACAAAACUCUGUACAUCCUUUUUAAAUAAAUAUGAGGUUUAUAUGAA